CGCUUAUUUAUACGCAAGCACCGUAUUCGUCCAGUUCGACACGCAAACCCCACAGGCUUUGUAAACAUGUACACACCAAAUCAAAGGACCCAAUGAGCAUGCUGCUAGACGAGAUUGCAAAGCUUUUUUUUUGUAUGAGCUGAAAGUCUUUUGCUGGUUAUUUAUUUAGCUUAAGAUACAGAGUGGGUGCUUGAUGCUACAUGAGAAUCUGGCGAUUGCAGUAAGGCCCCCUUUUUAGCGGAGAAAAAUAUAGUCAACGAAAGAUGAAGGCCAAGAAGAAAAAGAGGCAGGAUGAUUUUAAUAAGGUCAAGCUCAAAGUGGGAAAGAGGAAGCCCAAAGCUGAUAACGCCACCAACACAAACUUUCGCUCAAGGGGAAUCCAUCUGCCAGAUCAGCUGAAGAGAGACACAAGUGGCCCCACAACUCAUAGACAACUGGGUAUCAAUGAACUCUUGUCUCAGCUGCAUCAUUACAGUGCCAACGUGAAACAUGGUGCCUUGUUGGGUUUGAGAGAGCUGCUGUCCUCUAGUCCUUCUCUGCUGGAGCAGCAUCUCUCACGCAUGCUGUCUGAAGUGGCAGCUGUUCUCACAGACAAGGAUGGUAACGUCCGUGUGGCAGCUACACGUGUGCUCAGGUUUGUUGCACAGUCUGUGCCUGCAGAACACGUGUCCCCAUUUUUCCCCCUUCUUAGUGCUCACUUGACUUGUGCCAUGACCCACAUUGAGCCCGGCAUCCAGGAGGAUGCCAUGAAUGUCCUUGAUGUUUUCCUGGAGCACUACCCAUCUCUCCUUGCCUCUCGGCCUACAGUGCUCCUUACAAACUUCUUAGAGCUUAUCUCUCACAGACAGAACAUCGGAGGAGCCAAAAAACCUCUAGAUGCAAAGGGGCGAACUUGGGCGCUGACAGUCAACCCAGACAGGACUGUGACAAGCCAACAGUGGCGCCUCUCUGUUCUCCUCAGGCUUGGGCACUUUCUGCAGGCAGUCGUUGAAGAAAGACCAAUGGAAGAAGGGGACGUGUCCGUCCGAACUGAAGGAGUGUUUGGUUCAAGUGGAAAGGGAUGUGUCACUCCUCUGCAUCUCACCUGGGAAGAUUUGGUUUACAGAAAAGGGGAAGUUAAGGUUUAUGAAAAUUCUGGGGCCAAACCAACUCCCCACUCUACCUUCAGACUCAGACCCCAGGUGGACUCAGGAGUCCCGAUAAGUGAGGGUCUGGACUCGGCUGAGACUGUUGAGAGAUUUGCUGGCACACUUGUGCCUCUGCUGCUGGAAGUUUGGGUUGAAGCCUGCACCAACGACUGCUCCUGGGGCAGCACCGAGGGCUCUCACCUGCUCACCCCAGACGCCAUGUCAGUUAUGUUCCAGGUCCUGACUGUUCUCCAGCUGCUGAGAAAACUGCCCACCCAGCGGGAGAACCAGGAUGCGCUGGAUGCAUGGUUACGUAAAGAGUAUCUGGGAGAUUUCAAGCAGCAUUUCAUCAAAAACUUUCCUUACGGCAUGCGGGACACACCAAAACACAAGAAGAAAGUCGAUCUCAAACGGAGUAAACAGACUGCAGCUGUUCCCGCUCCGACGGUGGAGCCUCUGGCUUUGAACAUCACACUUUGCCAGGUCAUGGUGUCACUCAGCCAGAAGCAGGGCGUUGGCCGAGAGGCGGAUGGAGACUGGCUAUCGCCUCUGAGGAGUUUCGUCCGGAACACUCUAAGGAGUGGUGUGAAGCUGAGCUACAGGCAGCUGCACAUGCUGCUGGGCACGGUGUGGAAGCUGGUGCUCACACAGAGGAGCAGAGCAGUGACAGAGGAGUUGCUGGCGGCGGUGUAUGUCUACUACAAACAGAGGAACCUCCAGAUCCAGACACGAUCUCUGCUGCUGUCCUUCUACAGCAAGCUCUACCUGCAGGAGCAGGGACAUGCACACAUUGCCAGGAGCAAAGUGCUGUGUCGCUGGCUGGGAUCUCUUCCUGUGCAGCUGUCCCAGUUGGGCCACCGUAACCCAACGCUCUCUGCUCAGCUCAUCUUUUCCAUUCAAGCUGCAGCUUCACGAGGCAACAAGGAUCUUCUCGACAGUCUGCUGACACAUGCCUGCAGGCUCUACGAUCCACAGGAAGGAGCUGUGGUGCUGUUACCACCAGAGUGCCAGCAGCAGAUGGUCCGUCUGCUUUACUUCCUUCCUGAAAUGCCUCAGCCCCUCCUGGCCAACCUGAGCAGCUGCUGCACCGCUGGACGGAUCUCUGCCAGCCUCGCCUCCUCUCUCAUUCGCAUCAUACACUUUAGGUCGUCUCUGAGUGGCUGGUCUGUUGGAAACCAGGAAGCAGCCGUGCAGGAUGUGGACUACAUCAGCUUCUUGUUCUCCACCCUCAUUGGCCUCUCCUCCGAAAACCUCUCCAGCCUUCAGGAGGAUGAAAACAUCUUGCCUUCGCCCAUUGCUCCCCUGUGCCUGUACCCCACCCCGUCAGAACAGUUUACGCACCACUGGGACGUCCUCCAGGAAGUGUGCCGCUGUCUGGAAACCGUGGGCUCAAAGUCCCAGUGCUUUGACAUCCUGCAGAACGGCAUCUUCAGAUACCUGAUUAAGCUGGAGGUGAUCCCCGACAGCACGGCCGCCGGGCUGCUGAGAGCCGUUUCCAGGCUACUGGGCCCGUCCGUCCUGCCCAUGGAGCAGGUGCUGCGCUUCUUGUGCCAGUGUUGCCUCAGCCUCCUGGCGCUGCUCGUCACCCCGCAGCUGGAGGCGGCGGCCGAAGCCGAACACAAAAGAGAGGAGAUCUGGGGUUCGUGCGUGACCGCGCUGAGCAGCGUUCCUCGCCUGCUGCGCAUGGUUCUCCAGUCGAUGCACGUCGGCGAUCUGAAUGAGGAGGAGCUGCCGCAGCUCGGGCGGAUCCUGUCCAUGCUGCUGCAGCACACGCCGCUCCACAACCAGCUGCUGGCCAACGCCGCUCUGCUGCAGGAGCUCCUACAGGACCUCACCAGGUACUCCCAGAGCGCGUCCAGAGAGCAGUGGCUGACAGACCUGCUCUACUGUUACAGCGUCACCGUGGCUCACGGCUCUUCGGCGCACCGUGGAAGUCUGGGCCUCCGGGACAUCUACUGACCGCCGCACCCAUCAGAUCAGCGGCGGGUGUGUUGAAGGCAUUCAUACAACAAAACUUUAUUUGGAACAACCCAGGUUGUCCUCUAAAGCUGCCCCGUUGUCGUUUUUAGGGUGGUUGUAGAACGUUGACUCGAUUUUUAAAGUACAAAAAACACAAAAAUAAAGACGUAAAGUCAAA